CGCCGACUCGGGACUCGGGAGUAAUGCUAAUCUUAUACUAUACACUGUAGAUUACAGAUCUCACAUCUUCACUACGAAGCCGAUAGGCGGACUCGUUAAUUUUGCUUUAGAAAGCCCCAGAAGCCUAUGACAACGGAGAGUUCGAAUCGACUUGAAGCCGAAGACCUCGUCAUUCGUAGAAUCCAACUUCGUCAGCGUAGGACAUGAACUUCCUGUCCCGCUCGGAACACGAAGAAAGAAACUUCUUGGUCUGCAUCUCACGAAACUUACUUUCCAGUUAUUUCUACGCUCCGGGUUCGUAUAUUUUCAUUUAGUGAGCACUUCCUGACUUGGGGCUUCUGGAUAAUUCCUGAGAUUUCCUCUAGAUUCCUGAAUCCGGGAGCAUGGAAAAUACCAUGAAUAUUGUUUGUUAAACUGCAGUUGUAGUCUUGGAAUUUGCACAAGAGCUGGCAGCUCAAAGGCGGAGAAAUUAAGAGGGAUUUCGGAAAUGGGAAGGCCUUUGUUUUAUGAGAUCUUGGAAAAACCCGCCACAAGUUGUAUCAUAGGUGUAUCCUGUGCGAUCUGGUUCUACAUACAGAAGAAAAACAUCGGCUAUUCUCACGUGGGACUGAGUUAUGAGACUGCCAUAGAAGGGCAUUAUUGGAGGAUAAUCACUUCGGCCUUUUCCCAUAUAAGUGUUCUUCAUCUUGUUUUUAAUAUGAGCGCUCUUUGGAGUCUUGGGGUGGUAGAGCAGCUGGGGAACUUGGGACUGGGUGUCGAAUACUAUUUACAGUACACACUUGUCAUGGUUGUAUUAUCGGGAGUGCUAGUUCUGGGCAUGUACCACUUAUUAAUCCAAAGAUUUAAGCUUGAGCACUUUCGCAGAGUAACAGCUGUUGGGUAUUCCUGUGUUGUUUUUGGGUGGAUGACAAUCCUUUCAGUGAAGCAACCUUCUUCUAAGCUGGAUCUAUUUGGUUUUCUUUCACUUCCCAUCAGUUUUGCACCGUUUGAAUCACUUGUUUUCACUUCAAUUAUUGUACCCCAAGCAAGUUUCCUUGGCCAUUUGUCAGGAAUUAUUGUUGGAUAUGCUAUUGCAUGGGGAUUGAUUCAUGGGAUGAACAAUUACUGGGCACUUUCCUUGUUAGGUUGGAUCUUGCUUGUUUUUGUUUUGAGUUUGAAGAGAUCUGGUGCAAUUGACCUCAACUUUCUUGAGAUUGAGUCUGUAACAGAUCCGUCAUUACCAUCCGUAAGGUUUUUGGGAUCAGGAAACGGCAGAACACUGCAGAUGAGUGCAUUACCAUUUGGAAAUGUUGAACUCGUAUAAUUUCAAGCGAAUAGAUCCCUGUGAAUCAGAUGCCGCCUUGACGUGCUCGAGUCAAGACUGGUUAGCAAUAUGGUCUAUUUCUUUAUCAGCAAAUUGUUCAUAGUUGCCUCGGUGUCCGCAUCUGGAGCGCGCAUCUUUGCUGUUAUGAUAAUGAACAGCCUCAUACUAUUGUUUCCAAUUGUUGUACUGGCACUGCCAUUGGAAAUAUUUUGCCGUUGAUUUUUUACAUGCAUCCUUUCUUUUCUUAGACAUCUAUUACAGUAUUGUUCAUGCUUACAUGCCACGGAUCUUCAUGCUUA